AAAUCAAAAGUUUUUUCGACCAAGACAUCGUUAAGUAGUUUGCUUUCUACCGUUUACCAAAAUAACCGAUUGGAGUGAAGAUACAAAGAUUAGUUCAUGCAUUCCUCGCUUUGUUAGAAAAUCAAAGGUUGUUUUCGACCAUGACAUCUUGAAUGGUUCGUUUUCUUUCAUCUAUUAUAAUAUAGAUGAUAGAGGGAGAAGAGUAUGGGGGAAGAUCCAAAAUUAAGAGGAAAAAUCGAUGGAAGCGAUGGAAAAUCAAGGAGUUGCAAAGGAAUUAAUUUGGGGAGAUCACAAAGACACGCUGGACAGGUUUGAGAAGGAUUGUGUUCCAGGGAUGGCGUCGAUAGAAAAUCGUUGCGUAGCGAUACCAGGGUGUCUCAUCUCCAAUCACUACGAAACUAUUUCAGACCAAGAGAAAUUCGAACUCUUACACAGGCACGGCAUGCCUCACGAGUUGAAAGAAGAUUGGUCUAAAGGGUGGAAGAGACGAAUUCUUCAACGAUUUUGUAAUAAUAAAUUAUUCAUCGAUGUCUAUCUCAAUCACAUUGCAAGCACGAAGAUUCCAGCAGCCUCCUUCUCAUUCUACAAACAGCCAUGCUGGUUCAAAAAAGGAUACACAGCGUCGAAAAUUCUAUACAAAGGAACCAUAAACGGGAUCUUACCUAUAGAUGAAAUCGAUUAAUUUUCCAUAGAAUAUGAGUUGUAUAUAUGUAUAAUUGCAUCACUUAAUCUUCAUUGUAAAUAUGUUUCACUGUAAUAUAUGGACAUGGGAAACUAGGUUUUGAAUAUUAUGACAAUGUUAAUAUGGACAAUAUUUUGGACGAUCGACGCUCGAAUGGAAAUAUUAAAAGGAGAUUCAGAGAUGGAAAACAAGCUACCUUUGACAUGCUGGUGACAUGGAGUGGGAGACAAGAAUCUAUCCUAGCAGCAAAGAACACACUCAGGGGGUAUUUCCAAUCAUCAGCAACUGAUACAACUCUCUCAGACAUUGGACCGAAUGAAUAUAUUCCUGACAACAGGCUGUUACAAAUUGCCCGUUACAUCAGCAAAGAAAAGUUCUAUGAGAUUGGCAGUCAACUGGGAUUUGACGGGACAGAAUUACAACACAUCAAGCAUCGAUCGUUCUACAAUAGAAAGGAUGCUGAUAUCCAAAUGAUCUCGAUUUGGAAAGCAUCCAAAACAUCAAUGGAUAAAGGAGAGGAGAAGCUGCGGAGAUUUUUUAUUUCAUUUUUUUAGAAAAUGCACUUAUAAUCAAAUACUUUUAUUUCAUUUGUCCUACUAAUGGCCUAAUGAUUCGAAUUUCGUCCAUUUUUUUACUCGAAUGAUCCAACUGAAAAAAAACUGAAAAAAAACUCAAAAAACUACACUUUAUAACUAAUUUAGCUCUUAAAGAGCGUGUAUAGUGACUGCACUUCGAAGUGCUGAUUUGUCUAGUUCAAAUUUGAACGAGAAAAUUCCGCACUCCGAAGGAAUGCUGAAUUUAAGAGCUAAAUUAGCUCUUCGUAUUUUUUCGUUUUUAAAAGUGUAGUUUUGAGAGUGGAAAUGAUUUUGAUCUGUAAUAGCAUUUCCUCUUUAGCAUUUCCGGUGACGUAUAUUAUGUUGUUGUAUCUAAUGUAUUAUGUUGAUUACUUUAAGAUAAAACCAAUAAACGCAAAUUAAAAAAAAACAUUACAUGUAUCUGAAUACUGAAGAAAAACAAUACAUUGUGUGUAGACAUUAUCUAGAAUCCAUUCCUUUAUUAAAUCAUUGCCCUUUGUUUAUAUAAAAAAAAAGGGUUAGUAAAUAGAUGUAUUGUCAUGAACAACUUUCAUAAUCCCUCUAGAAUUGAUAUUAAAAAGCAGGGAUUGACGGCUUUAACUACAUGUAUACAAAUGAUGAAAACCUCGAAUAUUAAUUCUUUACCUAUAAAUAGUCAAUUGUAUAUAAUUAUAAGUAAUUCAUUUUCCAGUAUCACAAUGAAUAUUAGCUGUAAUAAAAAGGAGAAUUAGAGCCUGUUGAAAGCAGGUUAGCUUGUAUGAAAUUGUAAAACCCACGAAUUAAAGACUAAUGAAAGUUUGUCAUCUAUUAUGCAAGUACCAGAACAGUUUAAAGCAUGUCGAAAUUCGAAUAUUGAAUUAUUCGAAUGUGGAGAACACAAAGGCUAUAUAUACACCCAUUGGCGAUGCGACCAAAUUUAGCAAAGCGUACAUAUGAACAUGAUAAUGAAAAUACAUCCUCUGUCUUUGAUCUAUUUUUGUGUGUGAAUCCUCUACGACAUGUCAUCCUUUGAAAAAAAACACCAGGGCCCCCUUUCACAAAGAGAUAUGAUUGAUCCGAUCAAUCUUAAUUUACUGAAAGUCCAUCAAUGUCAUUUUUAAAGGAACUGUGCAGUGUCAUUUGUAAACGGAGAGAAGCAUACUGAAUCGGUGAAGACAGCAAUGACCAUAUGGACAUAGAUCUUAUAUCUAAGAAAACAUUGUGAUCAAACGUUCUUUUAUAUGUUGGUUGUCCAUAGUUGUGGUUGAUUGGAUCAAUCUUUACUCUGUAAGAUAUUAAGGUGUUAAAUUUAAAAGGUGGCAGCUUAAGUAAAACAUAUGCAGAAGCAAUCGGAUGCUCUACAUUAUUGGAUGACAUUAGUCGCACAUCUUGUUCGCCUUGCCAAUGAGAGGAUGUACAAAGUAAAAACGCUGUUUAGGAUUUUAUACAACGUUGUUUACUAAAUGAACCUCACAGUAUUUGUUUAACCGUUAAACAAUCAUGUUUAAUUUAUUGAAGAUUAGAUAUUGAACAUUAAACUUUGUUGCUUAAACUUUAAACACUUGUUUAAACAAUUACUGUAAGGUUCAUAAAGUAAACAGCAUUGUAUAUUUUUUUAAUGUGUACAUAUAUGAUUGGUGGUCUCAUCAUUCGAGUGCCCAUAUUUUGUACUAUCUAUUCACCUUUUCUCAAAUUGUCAUCAACGUUUGUCUCCUUUUUUUUAUAACAUGUAACUUUCUCCAUGAGCUUCCUGCUCAUUUAACAAUUAUUUUGCCUUCAGGAGUUUCGGCAAAGAAAUGACAGCCGAUCGCAAGAAAUCUUCUACCAAGUUACGAAUGUUAUCAAAUUCACUCUGGAUUCAGCAGAAGACGAUAUAAUGCUAUCGUGUGUUUCUGACUCAAAGAAGACACAGGAAACCGUUCACGUUGGUUCCCUACUCUCAGGCGGAUGCAUUAUAGCACACUUCAAUCUACCGCCCUCUAGCGGCCAGAAAAGUGUCAGUGUCUGCAUUGAGCAGGGUUCAUCCACACUGGCAGAACAAGAAAUACACCUUGCUAGUGAAGUGGAACCUAACUACGAACAGACUCACAGAAGAGGAAGAAUACGGUUCGCUUCGAACCACAUGCUGCAUAUGCUUUCUGGUUUAGUAUGUGAAAUAAAGGGGGCCUGCGAGCUUGGCUACAAACUCGGCCUAUCCUACUCAACGGUGGAGAAAUACCUCGUCAGAGCAGACUCUUCGGCCAGGAGUGUCUCGGGAUCAGGUCUUAAAGAGAUGCUUCAGGACUGGAGAAGGCGUGUUCGACCUAGUGAGCAGGUUAACAAACUUCGCCUUGCUUUAGAAGCCGCGGGAUUGAGACGUGAAUCGGAAGUUAUCUUUCAAGAAAAUUGAAAGGAAGUCGGUCGCCAUUUGACAAACUGAGCAUCUUAGAGCAUUUCGUACAUUCGGAAAUACACACUUGAAGAAUUGUGUACAAUGAUUUUUUCUUCUACGACUUCUUUUUCGCACAUGAACAUAUAACUAUUCAUCUGGAAAUUAAAAAAGAAAUGUCACAUCUAUUCAUGGUUUUUAGAUGCAGGCGGUCUCAAAGGUACCAAAGCAUGGUGGCUUAGUUAGAGCGCUACAUUCUUGAGUCAACGGGCCAAGUUAUACACCAACUAUUUUAAUAAAGAUAUAGGGACUUCUACCUUGUUGUCAGGAACAUGGAUGGAGUUUUACAAUGGAGAAGGAAAAUAAUAACUUUUAACAUUUACAAAAAAUGUUGAUAAAAUAUACUGUCCGCUGGAAUAUCAGCUUAAUUACAGUGUUUACAUUGUCGUAGAUAAAUGAGACUUAUGCAUAUUAUCAUUCUCGUUCUCAUUGUCACAAAGCCUAUUUUUAAAAUCAUGUUCAAAAGUCUUUAUUAAGACGGUGUACAUAAAAUAAGUUUAAUUAUCUAGGACACGAACUUAUUGAUGUUAUAAUCUAGUUAUUAAAGUGAUAAAGAGAGUGAUAAUAAUUAAAAAAUCCCAACGUUUUAUUGCAGUGUUGCAUUUUGAACAUCAUGAUCAUGUACACUGCGAGAUCAGUGUUUGACAGUGCUUGCCUUAUUUCUUUAUUUUAUUUUAUUAAUGUUAUUAUUUGUUUUUGCUUUCAAGCUCUUGUAAGCCUAUAGCAGCACCUUUGUUACUGAAAACGUGUGUAAAAGAUAAUAAAAAUAUCUCAUAGACAUUGACAUUUCUAUAGCAAAUAUUGAAAAGUUCUACGCUGCAGUUCAUUCAAAACCCAUGUAAUAUUAACCAAAUUUUGCAAAGUCGUUUGGCAGGUAAACGAGAGAGGUGCAGUCAUUAAACAAAAAAUAUGGUUCAUUUGCAUGUUAAGAACCUGUCAAGUUUUGAAGGAACAAAAAUGUUAAAAACACCAGAAACGAUCAAAACAAAUGAAAAAUCCAUGUUAUCCUGAAUGUUGGAUGGAACUUCUUGAUCUCCUCCUAAUUGCAGGAUAAUUAGAGAUUGCUAUGUGCAUUGAAUGUUUCAUGAAUCAUUAAGGGUUUAUAUAGUGUCUUUCAAGGUCUUGAAACAUUUUACGACACUCUAAAUAUCAGCUAGGUUUUAUGGUUAAACUAAAGCCGUAUUAGGCCGUAUUUACGUUAUGCAAUGUUCCGUUUAAACAUAGCUGAAUAUUUGACGGUUUCUUCUAAAAGUUAUGAAAUAUAUAUAUACAUAUACAUAUACAUAUGGUUGAUAACAAGGAUGUCCAUUUAGACAAUGGCUAACUUGGCAUUGAGUAUAAUAGUUAGCCGUAGACUUUUCCUUACUCUCUCCGCGAGUAAAAUUGUAUAUAUAUUUGAUUAUAUAUAGGCCUAUAUAUGAUUUUGUACAACAGGUUGUGAAACAUUUUGCCUAGUCAUGACCGAAAACAGUUGGGAUGAGGCACGGGCCGGUUGCUUCUCCCCCGAAUUGUGAAAACCCACAUUUUUAUACUGAAAAGUGUGCACGAAGUUCUUAUAUUUUACAUUUUGCAUGUAUACAAAACGCCGCAACGGCAAGCUCGGUCGUUUCGUUCCCUCUCUUCUUUAGUUUCUUCUUGAAUUUCUACAGCCAUGUAUGGUAUUGUAAAUAGAUAUAAUGCAGUAAUUGUAAUGGAUCACAAUAGUACACAAUCUAUUAAUUUAAAGGAGGUCGUGUAACAGUUCAAUUGGUGCAAAUAAUCUGUAAAAAUAAUAAUUCAUAAAGAUGUAAUAGUAAAGUUUACCUUUCAUCUAAGGAUUAUAGGAUUAUAGGCAGAUGCUGUGUUAUCAGGAUAUGGAAUAUCUGAGGGAAGAGCCCGAGGUAAUGGGGUUUUAAGAAAAUAACUGUUAAUGAAUUCAAUUCGGCUAGGUGUCAUUAACUAUUUUUUUUCUGUAUUGGAAAAUCUCCUUUUUAUGUUCUGUUCAGGUUAUUUGACACUCGGAAAGAGGAGUACGUGCAGUUAAUAAAUAGUUUUCACUUAAUGUAAAUACAUUUCUACCACUAGCGUACCGACGCGGGGGGGGGGGGGGCA